AUGUGCAAACCUCUGCCCAAGGUUAAAAAACCCUCCUUCUUAAGAAGGUUUAUUUUGUCAUUUAGCAAGGAUUUUCUUUGGGAAGAAGCUGAGUCUGAUCGACUCAACCUCAACCUUCUUCUCCAACGUUGUGUUGUGUUGUGUUGUGCUCUCUCAAGGUUUCAGAGACACAAAGACCCUAACCCCAAUUUUCUAGGGUUUGGUGCGGACACAACAACAAAAAUGUCUCAGAAUGGGAAGCUGAUGCCGAAUCUAGACCAGCACAGCACCAAGCUUCUCAAUCUAACGGUUCUCCAACGAAUCGACCCCUUCGUUGAAGAAAUUCUCAUCACCGCAGCACAUGUCACCUUCUAUGAGUUCAACAUCGACCUCAGCCAAUGGAGUCGCAAGGACGUUGAAGGAUCUCUCUUCGUUGUCAAGAGGAAUACACAACCGCGAUUUCAGUUUAUUGUGAUGAACCGUCGCAAUACUGAAAAUUUGGUGGAGAAUCUUUUGGGGGAUUUCGAGUAUGAAGUUCAGGUGCCAUAUCUACUCUAUAGAAACGCUGCUCAAGAAGUGAAUGGUAUCUGGUUCUAUAAUGCACGUGAAUGUGAAGAGGUUGCCAAUCUUUUCAGCAGGAUCCUUAAUGCUUAUGCCAAGGUUCCACCAAAGUCAAAGGUUUCUUCUACAAAGAGUGAGUUUGAGGAACUAGAAGCAGUACCAACUAUGGCAGUUAUGGAUGGUCCUCUUGAGCCACCAUCAUCUACUACUUCCAAUGUGGCUGAUGUUCCUGAUGAUCCAUCUUUUGUAAAUUUCUUCAGUGCAGCCAUGGCUAUUGGGAAUGCUUCAAAUGCUCCAAUUACUGGACAACCUUAUCAGUCCUCUGCUAAAAUUUCUUCAUCUUCCGUGCAAACUCAUGCUGCUACACCGACUGUGUCAACCUUACAGAUUCCCCCACUUUCAUCAUCUACUCCUCCAAUGCCCCAGCAUGAUGCUCCUGAGUCAAUUAGCAGUAACCGAACCACAAAACUUGUGAAGCCUUCUUUUUUCGCCCCUCCUUCUUCAGCAAUGAUGAUACCCCCGGUAUCUUCAUCCGCACCAACUGCCCCUCCACUUCAUCCUGCUGUUAAUGUGCAACGUCCAUAUGGUGCUCCAUUGCUACAGCCAUUUCCACCACCAAACCCACCACCAUCACUUGCUCCUGCUCCCUCACCAAACUACGGUCCAGUUAUUUCUAGGGAAAAGGUUCGAGAUGCUCUUCUGGUGCUUGUUCAGGACAAUCAAUUCAUCGAUAUGGUCUAUAGAGCGCUGCUGAAUGCUCAUCAAUCAUGA